AUGAAGCGCCUGGAGCUCCACUUCUCCGGUGAUGAUCCUGUGGUCGGAAUGAGUCCCCGGCACCUGGAUUUUGAGUCGUUUGAGCCGGUGCUACAGGCUAUGCAAUGUACUAUGGUGAUGCCGGUGAGAAACCGCUACUUCGAUGCGCAUGUGCUGUCGGAAUCGAGCCUAUUUGUCUACCCCACCAAGAUUAUUAUCCAGACAUGUGGUAUCACCCUGCUGUUGAAAUCAAUCCCUCCAUUGCUCUGCUAUGGACGCCACAUGGGUUUGACUGUGUGCAGGUGUAGACACACCAGAGGCAGUUUUAUCUUUCUAACAGCAGCAGAUCCUCAUGGGAACAGCGUUGAGGUUGCAAUUUGUACUUACUGUCGUUCAUAUCAGAAGGUUAUGGUAUGA